GACCACAUGGUGUGUGCUAAGGAAAGAAUGGAUUGAAUUGAGCCCCCACAGAACCUGGACUCUUUGGAGGCCUGAAUUUGGCCUCUGAGUGAAUACUUGCCUUGGAUUGACCCACUUAGCAGUGAACAGCAAUGGGCCAAAAGAAACAAACCAAGUUUCACCGUGGUAUAUCAAUGGCUCCAAGAACCAGCUCAGUUAAACUUGAGAAAGGAACAGGGAUUGAUAAUGAUGAGAUUUUUGAUGCAGUCGGGCAUUCAAAAUUUGUUCUGAAGAAUCUUCGGCAAUACACAGUCCAUCCAAAUUUGGCCCAGUACUAUGAGCCUUUGAAGCCCACUGCCCUGCAGAAAUUCCUGACUCGAGACAGGAAAAUCAAAAGCUUCAUGUUAAAAGUAAUAGAGUAUGAUCAGGACAAGACUUUACUGAUUCUGACCAACAAUCCACUUCCCUGCCCAUUCGACCAGCAAGGAAAAAACAUCGCACCAAAAUACUUUCCCAAGGAAUUGCUGCUCAAGGAAGGUUAUCAGCACAAACCUCCUGAGAACUCCUGCCUACCCCUGAUGUCUCAGAAAAAAAAGUCAAGAUUUGAGCUGAAACCAACCUUUCCUGUGACCUUGCUGGAUGAUCCUACAUCCAAGCAAGAACAGUGGUUUAGGUUUUCCACCGACGAUGAUUUCAAGAAUGACGGGAAGUAUUUGAAGGUCUAUGCUUUGCAGAAACAGAAAAAAAUGUACCCCCAGCUCAACUUUGCUUCCGUCUGUGAAAGAGAUAGGAAGAAAGAAGUCGCCAAGUCAGGGAGUGACAUGCCGACUUCCAAGAUGAUUUGGGAACCACUAACCCUUUCAUCUCUCCUGGAGAAGAAACCCACCAAAACUGUACCAGGGGAGAACGCCUUCCGCAACGGAAGGGCCCAGCAGUGGAUUAUAAAAAACGCCACUGUCAUCAACUGAAAACAAACCCCCCAGGCCUCUCCCCUCAGCCUCCAGAGACUAAGGGGCCUGCGGAAGUCGCCAUCCACGACGUGCCAACCAAAUAAAAUCGCUUUCUGCUUGC